AUAACAGUUCCACUAGCUGAAUAGCUGCUACAGUUUCAGCAUCAGAUAGUCUGCUCCAUCGCAAAUAUAGAGGUUUAGGACUAUUUUCACUUCUGACAAACCUUGCAUUUAUUGGGCCAUUAACUCCCUUUGGCAUCCUGUUUGCCAGCAGUUCUUGUUCAGCUGGGUUACGUAGCUAUCAACACAACACGUGUGUUUCAGUGAUGGGUGAUAGCAUGACCAACGCCGGAGAAGUUGGAAUCUUUCUUGAACUCAGAAAACGGUUGCAGAGUGGACUACUUGUUCUGGGGAGUGAGGUGGCUGGCAGCCCUGCAGAGGCCAGGGUGACAGCAGGAGAGUCGUGCCUCCUGGUCCAUACAGCCAGAGGCCUGCUAUCCCUCAAGCUGCCACCAGGGGUCAGUGUCACACAGGACUCCCUUGUGCAGACCUCCGGACAGCCGGGAGAGGAACUGCACUACAGGAUGCGCAUCACAAUCGACCAGAAUAUAGAUGAAAAGCCCUGUUGGGAUGUGAUGGAGAGGCUGAGGGUGCAGGAGACCUACAGCUUCACCUGCCAAGCCUGUGGCACCAGACUCCUGCAGGACAGGGUGUUCCGGCGUGUUCUACCUCUGCCAAAUGGGAACUGGAACGCCCUGGUGGAUGACUGGUGCUGCCACCCGGACCCCUUCGCCAACCUCAAGCUAUUGCCCCGACCGGAGGACUGCCUCUUGGGUGACUCCUACUUCCUGCUGCCCUCUGACAGCGGCUGCAAGGACACCCUCACACAGGAGGUCCAGGAACUCACAGACAGAGAGGAGGGGGACACUCAGGAGACCAAGAAACCAUGUCGUAGACGAACCGUUAUCUCCUGCCAGAGCUGCUCCUCAGGCCUGGGAGAGGCUGUCACACCAGACACUCUGAAGCUGUAUAUCACAGAGGUGGAGGUGAGCCAGGAGGAUGGACACAGUAUCGGGGGGGCAUCUCGAACCAGCGAGGGGGAGGGCCAGGAGGCAGACAGGUGUGCGUCCAGGUGUGCGUUCCUGGAGAGGACCCUGGCCGCCAGGCUGCUGGAGCUCUCCUCGUCCCAGAGCAUCUUCCGCUUCUCCAUCCAGACCCCGGACCAGCGGGCCCACAUCCUGCUGUGGCUGCUGAACAGCGACACCCUGGUGCUGUGGGCUCCAGAGGAGACCGUCAUGGCCCACGUCCUCGACUCCUCCCCCAGCCUCCGCCCGCCUUCCCCGAGCCAAUCGCGCGCGGCCGCCGGCGCCCUGAAGCUACUCUACGUGGACUGCUCCGCCGCCGAGGGCGACCGCUCACAGGAAGAACUGAUCACAGACUGGGAGAGGACCGUGAGUGUCCAUCCUCUGGAAUUGCCUCAGACUUCCUGUGUGGAAGUGCUCCGGCUGCUGACCACUUCCACUUCCUGUUUACCUCCGUCCCUGCGGCGCUGCGAUGCCUAUCAGGUGGCGUACCUGAGGAUAUGAGGUCAUGGGGUCGUUCCUCCCGGAGGAGACACCUGUUCUCUGUAGAUCACCAGAACCUGCCCCCGAAAACCUGGAGAAUGGUGUCAGGUGACCCAGAAGCCUGGUCAGAUGGCCUAGAAAU